CAGGUAUAGUAUACAUUAUAUGAUAGACCUACUAAGCUAACUCUAGAGAUAGAAUAGCCACGAAACAGACAUUAAAAUACCUUGGGCUUUGCAAUACUCAAAGUCCAAAUCCAGUACUACAUACAAUGAUCGUAAAUGGGGAUCUCGCUCUGGCAGACUCUCUCUAUCGCGCUAGACCACCUACUACUCUUGAAGUACGUACGCUACCCUCAUCCGCUUCGAGCCCUCCCUCGUCUUUUCCUCAUCCUCCUUCGUCUUUUCCUCAUCAUCCCUCUUCCGCUUCUUCCCCUGCUCCCGGAUCUUCGUCCGCACCCGUUUCAUAUUCAUCUCCAACCAAUACUCCUCCCUCCACUGCGGCGUCUCCGUAACCCUCCUCAGGAACCU